GUUGUGGUCAGCGGCGUGAGCGGACCGCACACCUCUUCCAAUGGAUUACGAGGCCAAGGUUUUCCCUCAUAGCGGCGGAUACGGACGCUACAACCGACUGGCGGUGACGUUCAGCUGGUUCCCCAGCUUCGCCGUCAUGAUGAACCUGUUCAGCGACGUCUUUUACACCACCAUCCCGGACGCGUACCACUGCAAACCGGACCCGCGGCUCCUUCCGCCCGCUUUCCUGCUCACUAACUUAUCGAAGGCUGCUUACCUGAACCUGACCGUCCCCUGGGUCAACGGCACCGGCUUGAGCCACUGCGAGCUCUACAAGUACCCCCCGAACUCUUCGGACUUUUCCGAAGGCGUAGCCCGCGAGAGGGUGAGCUGCACCAAGGGCUGGGACUACGCUCCCGUCUCGGGGCUCCGGAGCAACUUCGUGACUGAGUGGAACCUGGUCUGCAGUGACUACUGGAAAAUUCCCUUCCAACACAUUUGCUUCAUGACAGGAUGGAUUCUGGGAUACAUCUUCAUCGGCUCUUUAUGCGACUGGCUAGGUCGUCGGCGAGGUUUUCUCCUGUCUGUCAGUCUGUCCAGUCUGUUUGGUGUGGCUGUGUGUUUGUCCAACAGUGCUGUGGCGUUUCUGCUGCUACGUCUCUCUCAGGGCGUCAUGCUAGCUGGGGUCUUUUUAUCCUCAUACAUAGCAAGGUUGGAGCUGUGUGACCCUCCCCGUCGUCUCAUGGUUGCCAUGGUCAGCGGCUUCUUCGCCAUCUUUGCAGAGCUGCUGUUGCCAGGCGUUGCUGUUCUGUGUCGUGAUUGGCCGGUUUUGCAGGCUGUUACCACGUUACCUCUGCUCGUGCUCAUUUCUUAUUGGUGCUGUGUGUCAUUGUUUCCCGAGUCACCGCGUUGGCUGCUGGCCACUGCUCAGAUCCCUCAGGUGAAGAGGAGCCUCCAGGAAUUCUCCACCAGAAAUGGUGUGUGUUUACCAGAUGAGCUCUUCCCAGGAGAAAUCUUGCUGUCAGAAAUUGAUUCAGUAUUCGAUGAAGAUUGCCAGCCGAGAUAUUACUCAAUUUUGGAGCUGCGUCGGACUAGGGUUAUCUGGAAGAACUGUCUCAUCCUUAGCUUCACUCUCCUGAUUGGAACAGGUAUCCAGUACUGCUUCACCAGAAACCUGCACAUGUCUUCCACCAACUUCUACUUUGGCUACUUUGUCAAAAUCGCCACAGGAACAUUGGCCUGCGUCUUCAUCUGCUUCACUGUAAACCAUUUCGGUCGACGUGGUAUGCUUCUGCUGUCCGCCAUCAUCACUGGACUGUCGUCGUUGCUUCUUCUGGCACUCACUCAGUACCUGCAAGGAGGCCUGGUGUUGGUGCUUUCUAUUGUGGGUCUGCUGUUUUCUCAAGCUCUUGCCAUGCUCAGUGUCUUCUUUGCCUGUGAGGUGAUGCCAACUGUUGUACGAGGCGGGUGCCUCGGCCUGGUGCUGGCAGCAGGCUGUGUCGGCAUGGCCGCCUCCUCCCUGAUGGAGCUCCAGAACAACGGAGGCUACUUCCUCCACCACGUGAUCUUCGCCUCUUUCGCCGUCCUCUCCGUGCUGUGCAUCAUGCUCCUGCCCGAGAGCAAGCGCAAGCCCCUGCCCGACUCGCUGAAGGAAGGGGAGAGCCAGCGCCGCCCGCCGCUCUUCGCGUCUCAGGUGGACAGGGUCCACCUGCCCUUACUGUGCCCCCGGCCCCAGCUCUCGGAAUACAAUCCUGACAACUACUCCCGCCUGGUCAGUGCCACCAGGAAGAUGUUGACCAACGACAGUUUGCCUUACAGGAUCGCAGUGCCGACUCAUCGCUUGCUGUCCGAUGGUGACGCCCAGGGACAGGAGCGUGAACCACUGACGGAAGCAUCGCAAGACUGAGUGGUCUCCAUUAAAGACCCCUUGUGUUCUAUUUAACACUUGAAGCCAUUUUCUUAUUAUGUAGGAGCAAAGUCAUUGAAAUGGGCAUAACAGCUUUGACCUGGAGUAUUUACUGUGGCUGAUUUGUGUGGCAGGGCCGCGCACAUGGUGAUGCUUGUGGGUGAGCAAUGGUUCAUUUGUUUGCGCUUUCAGCUGGGAAGCACAUUUAACCAAGUGCUGUCGAUCAUGUGAGCUGCAGCACUUUGUCAAUUUAUCAGCAACUCAUGCACUUCUCAUUAAGUGUGACAGCGUGACUCACCAGUGUCUCCAUUGCAGCUCACACUCCGUUUCCCAAAAGCAUCACAGUUUGGUAAAUAAGACUUUAUAAAAGUGCUUAAAUAGUUUUGGAAGCUUGGCCCAGUUCAAGUGGUUGUCUGGGAUUUUUGUGUUGUAUUUGUGGAACACACUAGAGGGCGCCAAAUAACGCAGUGUGAAGAAAGUCAGACAUUGUGUAAAAUCUCUUUAACGCUCCUAAACAUGUACAACAGGUGCUGCCACAUGUUGCUUACAUCAGAAUUAACAAUGUUAAAAUUAAAAUUUGUUUGUAUUUGGAAUUUAGAACAUUCUGAAAGACAAGAUCAGAUGUACAUCUUUUGAUAAUACCUCAGGACUUUCAGCCUCAGAAUUGGACCAGACUGGAUGAUACUUACUUCAAACCUCUGAUGUCUUUAAUAGGACGUCAUCUUGUCUGACUUAUCAUGCAGAAACACAUUUUGUACAGUAUAAGCCAAUGUACUUAUUUCACAGCUGGCACAAAAGCCUUCUAAAUGUACUUUUGACUGACUGGCCUUGUGAGCAAUUAUCAAGAGAAACUGUUUUUUAAAAUGCUAAUUUGUAAUAAUUUUUUUUCAAGCAAACUUUUCCAAAGAACAUUUUUGAGUUGUGUAUUUCUCUCCACUAGAUGGCGGGCUCCUUUUCAAAAUAGUACCAACUCACCUUUAUGUCUCAUGUUUUUAGGAGCGUUUGAUAGGGUGUGCAUUGGAUGACAUCAUCUCAUGGGAAAAGAAAUAAAACAGAUGAGCUUAAGAAGAGCAUAUUAUACUACUGAACACAAUAGCUAAUGUGAAGAAGCCCCUAUGAAGCGCUUAGCAAGAUGAGAAGGUGUGAAGAGUCUGUCAGUCGAAGGGCACAUAUGGACAAACAACUAUCCAUCCAUCCAUUUUCCGGGCUGAGAUUCGAACCAGAACCUCUCAACUGGGGGGCGCACGCUAACCAUGAGCUCACCUGUUGCUUCAAUAGCAACCCUUUUUCCAUUUGAGUUGUUAGUUUUAGCCAUGAGCAAAUGAGAUGGGAAAACAACACUAUUAGGGGAACUGCAUGUAGACUUAAAAGAGGUAUGGGUCUUAAUGGUCCAUAUUUCACUAGACAAGGUGAUUUUAUGAAUUUAUUUCCUCAGGAAAAUGAAAUAAAUAUCAAUACAUUUUGGAGCAAUAGGUAAAAAAAACAAAACCUUAUUGCUUGUUUGGAAUACCCCCUUUUCAUUGCCAAAAUCGACACGAAACACAAAAAUAUAGGGUUGAUUGUUAUGAUAUUUUCCGAGGUCAUAAAUAUGGAUGUCCACGUCAGAUUUGGUGACGAUUGGUUACAGUUUGGGCCCAUUAAGCCACAUAAAGCUUUUGGGCGGCAGACCAUUGUCAUCCGCCGUUAUGACAGUCCACCAAAAUCCGCGUCUGUCACACAAUGCCACCUCUAGAAACACCUGUGUCAUCCAUAUGAACUCUUUUCAAAGAUCGUAGAGCCAUUUGCGGCGCAAUCAAUACAAAAUUGGAGCAGACAAAAACCCGUUUAUCAAUUUGAAAAUGAAUCUGCAAGUAUUACCACAUAGGACAUCGUCUUCUUUCCUCAAGAAGGCAUUUCAGUGGUCAUUUUUUUAAAUAACAAGGCUUCUAACAUGCUUCACUAUCACUAUUUUCGGUCAAUAGUGUCUGUUUUUUUUCUGCAGAGAUCAUUUGUAACUCCAGCACUAUGGAAAAAGUACCAACAUUCGCAAGAUUAUAUUGUCC